AUGCAUUCUUGUAUUACCGCUUUUCUCUUCAUCCUCGCUACUCUAUCGUCUGCGCUGGAGGUCUCCAGCUCUCCCCGGCCAUCCAAUUCCCUACUCGCCCUACAAUCGUCUACCUCCCCGGCUUCCAUAUGCAUAGAACGGUUCACAACCUACUUCUAUGCGUCAUACAACUACGUAUUCUUCAACGACCCAGCCGAGCCAGAGUACAACUUCACUAUCGUGACGAGCCACGUGAAGUUCUAUCCCGCCACGCUGGCCAAGUGGCUGGAGGAGAGGGAGUUCGACGUCCUCACCAAGUCUCGCGCGACAGCUGACUGGCUAUGCGGCUGGCACAUCGAGAAACCGGUCGUCGUCGACGGCAGAAGACACGGCACAGUCGGCUGGAAGCGCAACCCGGCCUUCCUGAAUACCUCCUCGCUCCACGCCGGAGACGCCUCGUCACUCAAAGCCGCACCAAGACAGGUCAUCCCACCCUACACCAGUAUCAGGCCUCGCCACUUGACCCUCGAACGCGUCGAGGCCAUCCUCCGCGACAACACACCCUACGCCGACAUCUACUACUUCCGGUGCAUGAUGCUGGGCAUGGCAUGCGGCAUGAUCGCUGGCACGCUCGUGUGGUACGCGCUGAUGGGCUUCGCCGAGAUGCGACGACGGGACAAGAAGCUGAAGGCAGCCCGCAAGUCGGACGACAUCGAGCUCGACCAGAUCAAGGUGCACGACCUCUCUGGCGCGGGCAUGGAGCGCAUGGACGCCAAUCGAGAUGACGGCCUGGAGCUUAGGAUCGAGAUUGUCAAACCGACGUCGGAUCCUCCGUCUGGCAGCAGUGUCGCUGAUCCGCCGCCGGUUUACACGCUUGAUGGUGCUGGUCGUUUGCCGGUGCGGGCUCGAGAUAUGGUUUGA